GCAGUCGGCGCCGCCAUGUUGGGGCUCGCGGGUCGCUGCUCGGCCGCCGCCGCCGCCGCCGCCGCCCGGCCGCUGCUCUGCCGUGUGGCCGGCUCGGGCCGCGACCUCCUCCCGCUGCUCCUCAGCCGCGGGGCUGCCCCAGCCGCUGCCGCCGCCGCCGGCCCGCGCCGGGACUAUGCAGCGCAGGCAGCUCCAGCCACCAAGGCCGGCGCCACCACGGGCCGCAUCGUGGCCGUCAUCGGGGCCGUGGUGGACGUGCAGUUCGACGAGGGGCUGCCCCCCAUCCUCAACGCCCUCGAGGUGCAGGGCAGGGAGACCCGGCUAGUGCUGGAGGUGGCUCAGCACCUGGGAGAGAACACGGUGAGGACCAUCGCCAUGGAUGGCACGGAGGGGCUGGUGAGAGGGCAGAAGGUGCUGGACUCGGGGGCUCCCAUCCGCAUCCCCGUGGGCCCCGAGACCCUGGGCAGGAUCAUGAACGUCAUCGGGGAGCCCAUCGAUGAGAGAGGCCCCAUCAGCACCAAGCAGUUCGCUGCCAUCCACGCCGAGGCCCCGGAGUUCGUGGAGAUGAGCGUUGAGCAGGAGAUCCUGGUGACAGGGAUCAAGGUGGUGGAUCUGUUGGCUCCUUAUGCCAAGGGAGGCAAGAUCGGUUUGUUUGGAGGUGCUGGUGUGGGGAAGACUGUGCUGAUCAUGGAGCUCAUCAACAACGUGGCCAAAGCCCACGGCGGCUACUCGGUGUUUGCGGGUGUCGGGGAGCGAACCCGCGAGGGCAACGACCUGUACCACGAGAUGAUCGAGUCUGGGGUCAUCAACCUGAAAGAUGCCACUUCUAAGGUCGCUCUGGUCUACGGGCAGAUGAACGAGCCGCCGGGUGCCCGCGCCAGGGUGGCCCUGACAGGGCUGACGGUGGCCGAGUACUUCAGGGACCAGGAGGGUCAGGACGUGCUGCUCUUCAUCGACAACAUCUUCCGCUUCACCCAGGCGGGCUCGGAGGUGUCAGCCCUGCUGGGCAGGAUCCCGUCUGCUGUGGGCUACCAGCCCACGCUGGCCACAGACAUGGGCACCAUGCAGGAGAGGAUCACCACCACCCGCAAGGGCUCCAUCACCUCCGUGCAGGCCAUCUACGUGCCUGCUGACGACUUGACCGACCCUGCCCCCGCCACCACCUUCGCCCAUUUGGAUGCCACCACCGUGCUGUCCCGUGCCAUCGCCGAGCUGGGCAUCUACCCAGCCGUGGACCCCCUGGACUCCACGUCCCGCAUCAUGGAUCCCAACAUCGUGGGCCCAGAGCACUACGACGUGGCUCGGGGCGUGCAGAAGAUCCUGCAGGAUUACAAGUCCCUGCAGGACAUCAUUGCCAUCCUGGGCAUGGAUGAGCUGUCAGAGGAGGACAAGCUGACCGUGGCCCGUGCCCGUAAGAUCCAGCGCUUCUUGUCUCAGCCCUUCCAGGUGGCUGAGGUUUUCACCGGCCACAUGGGCAAACUGGUGCCUCUGAAGGAGACCAUCAAGGGCUUCAAGCAGAUCCUGGCAGGGGAGUACGACCACCUCCCGGAACAGGCCUUCUACAUGGUGGGGCCCAUCGAGGAGGCGGUGGCCAAGGCGGAGAAGUUGGCUGAAGAGCACGCCUGAGGGAGGGGCUCCUUCCCCCAGCCCCCCACGCCCCUCUCCCGGCUCUGCCUGGGGCCAGACCCCCCCUAUUUAACAUUUCCAAUAAAAACGUGGGUGAAACACC